GUUCGGGGGGAGGGGCUGUGGCCGCGCGCGUGCGCACUGGCGGGGUUGUGAGGGAGGCCCCGCUCGGCGCCACCCGCACGCCAGAGCAUUGGCCAUGGUGUACCCACUGCUGGAUGAGGACCGCCUCCCCAAGCUGCCGCCACCUUUCAUGAUCUUGUGAUACAACAAUCCAUCCAGCACCUGCACAGAAGCUGAUUUCAUUGCUACGUCUCCAUGGCCUGGGUGGGCCACUGGGCCUGCCCAAUAUGGAUGUGUCACCAGGGGACGUGGCUCCAGUGAGUCCUGCCUGCAGCCUGGGAGAAUCUGUGUGCACAGAAUCUCUUGGCUCAGAUUCUGUCUCCUUCUCUACCCCGGUUGAUUCGCCAUGUAAACCCAGUCAGGGGGUAGAUCCGGAUGCUGGUGAUGGUGAAAUAAGCAGCAAUGGCUUGGGCCCAAAUGCAGUUGGGCAGGAGGGGUCAGGAUUUGGUCUAAAAAGAACAUGUCUCAUGGAGGAGGGAGCUGCUAAUGGCCUGGGCUCAGUGCUGCUUCCCAUCGAGUGUCGGGUUUGUGGGGACCGGGCCUCGGGCUUCCAUUACGGAGUGCACGCCUGCGAGGGAUGCAAGGGUUUUUUCAGAAGAACAAUUAGGAUGAAGCUGGAGUAUGAGAAGUGUGACCAACGCUGCAAAAUCCAGAAGAAAAGUCGCAACAAGUGUCAGCACUGCCGCUUUCAGAAGUGCCUGGGUGUCGGAAUGUCGCACGAAGCAAUCCGAUUUGGGCGCAUGCCUCAGGCAGAAAAGAAGCGUCUGAUUGCCGAGGUGUGUGGGGGCAGCCUACGACCAGACCUUACCGCAGGCUCUGCGACCAAAACCACCGCUGUGGCAAGUGUGUCUGUGUGCGGAGGCUGCCAAGAUGGGAGCAGCUUGGCGGGCGAGGGGAUGGGGAUGGCUGUGAGCGACCUCCGUUCUCUGGCUCGCCUCGUACAAGAGGCCUACCUCCGCAUAUUCCCACUGUCCAAGGCCAAGGCUCAGGCGAUUUUAGCUGGAAAAGUACAAAAUAACGCUGUGGUGAUCCAUGACCACGAAUCUCUGGCUCAGGCUGAAGACACAAUCCUCCAGAAGUCGGGUUACGGCACAAUCCACAAUCACGGCAGCAUUGGUGUGAAUAUUGCGAGUGUGGGUGGAGGUUGCGGCGGCGCCUGCGGAGGGACGAUCUGUGACGGAAGAGGCGGCCCCUGCGACAGCACCACACGCGGGCGGGUGCUGGGCACGGACUGCGUCUUCAUCACCGCCAAUAGCGUCACCGAUACCGAACUCGCAGCCGAUGCGGAAGGCAAUAGGUCUGGUGACCAGGAGGUUACUCCUCCAAGAGGAGCGGCGGAGAUCAGGAUUUUUAACCGCUGUCAUUACCGGUUGGUGGAGGCUGUCCGAGAGGUCACGGAGUUUGCCAAGAGCAUCCCCGGUUUCAUGAUCCUUGAUUUAAAUGACCAAGUCACUCUGCUCAAGUACGGUGUGUACGAGGUGAUAUUCGCGAUGUUGGCGGCUCAGAUCAACAAGGACGGACUUCUGAUCGCUUACGGCUCGGCGUUCAUCACGCGUGAAUUCCUGCGCUCCCUCCGCUCCCCCUUCUGUCACAUCAUGGAGCCCAAGUUUGAGUUCUCCAUACGUUUCAACGCACUGUCACUCGACGAUACGGACCUCGCCCUGUACAUGGCCGCCAUCAUUUUGUGUGGAGACCGCCCUGGCCUGAUUAAUGUGAAUCCGGUGGAGCGCAUCCAGGACCGCAUUUUACAGGCACUGGACCUUCAACUGAGAAAAACGCACCCCGAGAGCCCCUUCCUCUUCCCCAAACUCCUGCAGAAACUCUCGGACCUUCGGCAACUGGUAACAGAGCACGCGCAAAUGGUGCACAAUAUCCGCAAAACCGAAGCGGACACUGCCUUGCCGCCCCUUCUGCAAGAAAUAUUUAAGGACAUGUACUGAAGAAAUCAUGUUACGUGGUGAAAUCGCAAAAAGGGACACUUUGAAACGUGUGGGCCUCGAGGAUGACCUGAUGAACGGCUGGAUGGGAAGUGCCUGAUAGGCUGUAUGACAGCAUUAACCCAACAUUCAGAAACUUGAGUAAAAACUCCCUUAUGGCUGGGUAUAAAUCUGAUGCAGGCGAAACGUCCAAUUGAAAGGUACACCCGAGGUGCUGUGCUGGAUUUGCUGUCAGCAUUGUCCGCAGUUAUGAGCCCAACUCCAUUCUUUACAAGCCUUCCUUCGUGAACAUGUUCGUACUUGCCAUGUUUUAUUCACAUGGAGAUGUCAUUAAUCACAAAAUUACAUUGCAUCUGUCAGCUAAUUAGGUCACACGGAACAUUUGGUGUUCAUGUUUUGCUAAGAACAGGCAUCACUAUUGUCACGUGAUGACCGUGUGAUGGGUGGAGUUGAAUGUGCGCCGGACUAGCUCUCACUUGUGAGACACUCCGUGAGGAUGGGUUGUCUUUAUCUUGCAGCAGGCCACCAUAAGGGUUUCCACCAGGUAGUGCAGUUUUGUAAAGUGAAGCAGAAACAUGCAAUUUAUCUAAAAACUUAUGAAAAAUAGACAACCCAGGGCACACUCAUGCCUAUGCCCCCGCGCAUUCUCAAACUAAGACACUUUGAAAUGAGGUUGCCUCAGUGAUUGCUAGGCACCCAGGCUGCUUGGAUUAAAGCCUACCGAAUAUGGGAAAUCCCGACUAUCCGCCAAUAUAAUUGGGAUUACACUGUGGUUUCACACACUUGUGAUUUUACUCUGCCCUUUGUUAUAUUUUCGGGUUCUGAAGAUCAGCAUGGAGCCUGAGGGCCCACGACUUCCCAACAACCAGAACCCAUACACCACAAAACUCCCACUUGUUUUUUUCUUCUUGGUUCUUUCGGUAAAGUCAUGUAGAAUGGGAAUAAAAUAAGACAAUAAAAUUCUCACGACGUUUCGGCCACAACACAAGUGGCCUUCUUCAGGUGAAGAGACAGACACUAGUGUAAAGUAACGCAUUGUAUUAUUUAAAGUAAUGCAUUGUAUAAUUCUAAGGUGGAAUUUGUCUAUGAUAUGAUGUUAUACCAUGUAGUUGAGAUUGGAAGGUAUAAUAUUGUAUUAUAUAGUAGUCCAGUUUACAGCAUAGUCAUAAGGCAACUAAGGACACAACAGCGCACCCUGGCUGUUGCACUUGCCCCUUUUCUUUUUUCCUCUCUGCCUGUGUUCCCAGCCCCCUCCUCUCCGGAGGUGAUGCUGGUAACAUGCAAAUUCAUAUUUUAACUCCGCCCACACAGCUUAAUCGACGCGGUCCUUGC